GAUGAAGAACAAGAGAGACAGGAACAAGAACACCUUGAUGAGGAAGAAGCUUCACAGAAGGAAGGCAAGAAAAAGAACAAGCAUAAGCACUCUGCUAUUCCUGAGCUUGAUGUCCCCAUAAAACCAGUAAUUCUCCCAUCUCCCUACCCAAUUCACAAACUAGACAAAGGUGACUAUGUCAAACUAUGGUACUUCACCAAUGACAGACUGGACAAUGCAAAGCUCAAGAACUCCAUCAACAAAGAUGCUAUGAUCAUGGCCACCUUAGCAGGAGGAAAUAGGGCUUGGGUAUCAGCAGCUUCAACAUGA